AUGACAAACGGAUGCAGAAUUUGUGGAUUUCACACUGAGGAUAUCACCCACAUUAAAGCACUUGUCCGAAAAUGUCAUCUACCGAUGAGACAUGUCAUUAGAUAUCUAUCCCAUAAUAAAAUCACGAAAAUUGAAAACGGACCACUUCGAAAUCUUCAGAACUUAAUGUAUUUACUAUUAUCCAACAAUAAUAUCUCGAAAAUCGAAAAAAAAUCCUUCGUAAAUCUUCCAGAGUUAUAUGAGAUACGAUUAUCCGAUAAUAAAAUCUCGAAAAUUGAAAAAGAAUCAUUUGUAAAUCUUCCCAAGUUACAUGAGAUACGAUUAUCCGAUAAUAAAAUCUCGAAAAUUGAAAAAGAAUCAUUUGUAAAUCUUCCCAAGUUACAUGAGAUAGAUUUGGCCAGAAAUGAAAUCUCGAAAAUCGAACAAAAUUCCUUCGUAAACGUUACCAGAGUAAACACCUUAGAUCUAUCCCACAAUGCAAUUUCAAGUUUGGAACAAAAUGCCUUCGAAACACUGACCGAAAUAGAAAGAUUAUAUCUAUCCCAUAAUAAAAUCACGAAAAUUGAAAACGGAUCACUUCGAAAUCUUCAGAACUUAAUGUAUUUACUAUUAUCCAACAAUAAUAUCUCGAAAAUCGAAAAAAAAUCCUUCGUAAAUCUUCCAGAGUUAUAUGAGAUACGAUUAUCCGAUAAUAAAAUCUCGAAAAUUGAAAAAGAAUCAUUUGUAAAUCUUCCCAAGUUACAUGAGAUAGAUCUAUCCCACAAUGCAAUUUCAAGUUUGGAACAAAAUGCCUUCGAAACACUGACCAAAUUAAAAACAUUAGAUCUAUCCCACAAUGCAAUUUCAAGUUUGGAACAAAAUGCCUUCGAAACACUGACCGAAAUAGAAAGAUUAUAUCUAUCCCAUAAUAAAAUCACGAAAAUUGAAAACGGAUCACUUCGAAAUGUUCAGAACUUAGUGUCUUUACUAUUAUCCAACAAUAAUAUCUCGAAAAUCGAAAAAAAAUCCUUCGUAAAUCUUCCAGAGUUAUAUGAGAUACGAUUAUCCGAUAAUAAAAUCUCGAAAAUUGAAAAAGAAUCAUUUGUAAAUCUUCCCAAGUUACAUGAGAUACGAUUAUCCGAUAAUAAAAUCUCGAAAAUUGAAAAAGAAUCAUUUGUAAAUCUUCCCAAGUUACAUGAGAUAGAUCUAUCCCACAAUGCAAUUUCAAGUUUGGAACAAAAUGCCUUCGAAACACUGACCGAAAUAGAAAGAUUAGAUCUAUCCAAUAAUAACAUGUCGAGUGUUACACAAGGAGCUUUCGAAAACCUUUACAAUUUAAAGCAUUUAAAUUUGAGUUACAACAAUAUUCAAAUGUAUGAAGAUGGUGCCUUCUCACCCCUUGGCAACAUAAAAACGAUCAACCUCAACGGCAAUGAGAAGCUGAAGUGUGGACAUCACCUACCGGCCGUGGUAAAUUGUAUGACGAGUAGAUUUUAUGACGUGAAAGUCCUGGGCGAAUGUCUAACAAAUUUAGACACUGAAGAAGACGUAUUAAUGCCUAUAAUGAAUUAUUCCCGAAGCCAAAUGGUUUGUAAUAAAGACACAACAUCAAUUAACAACGAGGAUUUCAAUUGGCAGAUGACAAAAGUAGGAACUAAUGCGACGAUUCCAUGUCAUGCAAAUGUAGCGACAAGACACUGUUCUUCCAGAAAGGCGGGAUAUCUAGAAAGCCAAAAUAAGACAUCACGAAAGUGUUCGCCAGUUACCGGUGUGUGGCAAGAGCCAGACAUGUCUCAGUGUAACAAUACAGAGUGGAUCACUCAAGCACUAAAGAGCAUCAAAAGCAAAGGCGUUGAUGUAGAAAAGUUUGAACGGCUUUCAAUCACGCUCCGAAAUAUUUCACAGAGAUCAGUGUAUUUCAAAGCAGAAGAUUUUGACUUGAUUGUAGACAUUUGUGAGAAAAUGAUGCCAUUGCUCCCGAUUGCGUCCCUCAAUAUAAUGCCGAAGAAUAUACUUCUUACUAUCGACAAUAUAAUAAACGCACCAGAGAAGAUUUUGGUUGAGGUGCAACAAUCUCAUGGAAUUGUCAGCAGAAUGCUGCAAAUUAUAGAAGUAAUCCCAGAAAAGAUUCCACUGGAAGAGCAGCGAGUGACAGCUAUAUAUUCUAAUCUUGGUAUUGGUGCUGCCAAAGUGGAGAAGAGCACUUUCAAUGGUCAUAUUCAUGCUGUUUCAUUUGGAACCAAUGAAACGGAAGCAAGGAGUGAGAUAUAUAACGACUCAGUCUCACAAGUAGAAGAUAUGAUGGACAUCAUUUCAUUGCCAAAGAGUUUACUCAAACAUCGGAAAGACGAAGAGCAGUCGAAAUUUUCAAGGAUUUCCUUUUUCUGUUUGCGGGAUGAUAAGCUAUACAGGGUAAUACAAACUUCUAAUAACCAAACAACUACUAAAGUUGACAGUCGUAUAAUUGCUGCAAAUAUUCCCAACGUUAAUAUAACCAACCUUGAUGAACCAGUUACAAUAUCAUUCAAUGUAAUCGAUCAGAAUGUCACCAACCCACAGUGUGUUUAUUGGGAUGACUCCCCGGGACAGAAUCCCAACUGGUCAUCAAAAGGCUGCAAUAUAUACAAAUAUGUACCUGGAAAGAACGUAGUUUGUUCUUGCAACCAUCUUACAAGUUUUGCUUUACUAAUGAAUGUCUACCAGAAAGAAAUGGAAAAUAAUAGUCUGUUGUCUAUUAUUUCUAACGUUGGUUGCGGAAUAUCAUUUGUCUGUCUCGUCCUGACAAUAAUAAUUCAUGCUUAUUUCAAAAAUUUAUGGAAAUUAAUGGCUUCCAAGGUUUUAGUAAACUUGUGCGUUUCUUUAGCCGCCACUUGUUUAAUCUUUCUUGUUGGAUUCCAAGAAUAUAGUACAAAAAUAGCAGCUGUUUGUAAGGCAGUGGCUGCUCUCUUACACUACUUCCUCCUGACAUCUUUCCUGUGGAUGGCUGUAGAAGCAGUUCACAUUUAUCGAGGCCUGUUUGUAUUCAAACCCAUUCGGUCAUCAUUUAUCAAGAAGAGUUCAAUUUUGGUCUGGGGUAUUCCAGCUGUCAUUGUCAUAAUUACUCUGGCAACUAACAACAUGAACAAUUACAUCAAAAGUGAUCAAGUUUGUUGGUUAUACAGAAAAGCGUUUUACGCUGCUUUCCUGGCUCCCGUGGUGAUCAUUUUAUUCAUCAACCUUGUGAUAUUUCUUCGCGUUAUGUGGCGUCUUAACUCAAUGCAGAAUGACACGCAAGUUGAACACAAAACAAAGAAAGUCCGUGUCUUUGGCAUCGUUGGAUUGUGUUUCCUGCUUGGACUCCCCUGGGUCUUGCCAUUCUUUGCUCAUGGUGAAGCUGCUGAAGCGUUUCAUCUUCUAUUUGCUAUCUUCAAUCCCCUUCAAGGAAUGUUUAUCUUCCUAUGCUAUUGUAUAUACAAAAAGGAUACCAGAGAUGUCAUUUGCCUGUUCGUAUGUAAACGAAAAACAUGGGAGCCCAGGCAAGCUCUGGAGAAUAUCAGAAGUUCAAUCUCCCACCAUGAAACAGAAUGUAAAAAAGCAGAAACGAACUUGUAAAUGAAAAUCAAGAAAAUGCCUUCAAGAGAAGUCUUUGAUUAUAUUUUACGUCACAAAAUGUUCAUUUAUUAUAUUAAACUCAGUAAAUAUAUUCUAACGGCCUAUUUCAUAUUUAUCUUUUUGCUUUCUCAGAUAAUCUGUAGUAUACAUGUGUGUGUGUGUGUGUGGUGUGUGUGUGUGUGUGUGUGUGUGUGUGUGUGUGUGAAUGUGUCUUCAAGAGUCGCCUUUGUUUAUAUUUUGCCUCAAUUUUUCUUCUUAUAUUCCAUGAAGCACACUUUUAUAUAACGUAGCUUUAUUUUUUUGCCUCUCGAUAUAACGUUACGCAACGUAGAGACUCUAAAAUCUGAAAUAAGGUAAUUUUAAACGAGUCUAGUUGCAUGACUAUUGCCGGAAACGCAAAAAGAAAAAAAAAAAAAAAUGAAAAUAUUCUGUAAAUCAUAGUCACUCCAUAUUUUUCGACUGUAAAUUUCACUGUUGUCUGUCCUUGCAAUGUAAUAUUUUAAU